UGCGUGCGUGCGCGCAGAAUUGACAGCCAAGUUUGAGCGGGUUUCGCUCUGUUACGCCGGUGAGUAGUGCGGUGGAUCGGACAAGUGGAUCGGAGUUUUAAUUUAAGUUUUGUGUUAUUCUUUUAAUAGAAAUGUACUUGGACAAUUAAACAGAUUGAAAAAAAACUUAAUUUAAUAUAACUGCGGUAUUACUCAAGAUUCUAGAGAGCGUUAUUGCAAACUGCAUCAGACGCCGUCAGCCUUUCAAGAUGGUGCAUAUGAAGACAAUCAUGUUCGCGGCGCUGCUGGUGGCCGUCGCAGCCAAACCCCGCCGGAACCACUACAAGCGGGAAGCGCCGCUGAGCUCUUCCUACCUGCCACCAUCGGGUGGCCGACCUUCAAGUAGCUACGGAGCCCCUGCGCCUUCGUCCAGUUAUGGGGCCCCUCCGCCCUCGUCCAGCUAUGGCGCGCCUGCGCCAUCGUCCAGCUACGGAGCUCCGGCGCCAAGACCUUCAAGCACCUAUGGAGCCCCAGCACCUAGACCGUCGUCUAGCUAUGGCGCCCCUGCCCCAAGGCCGUCUAGCAGUUAUGGUGCCCCAGCACCUAGACCAUCGUCCAGUUAUGGUGCCCCCGCGCCAAGCAGGCCCUCGAGCAGUUACGGCGCCCCGCCUCCGUCUUCCAGCUAUGGCGCUCCUGCCCCAAAGCCCUCUAGUAGCUACGGAGCACCCGCCCCGUCUUCUAGCUAUGGCGCUCCCGCCCCGCGCCCAUCUUCAAGCUACGGUGCGCCCGCACGUCCUCCAGCAACCAGCUAUGGCGUGCCCACCGGUCCUUCCACGACCUACAAUGCUCCAGCUCCUAAACCUUCCAGCAGCUACGGAGCUCCCGCACCUAAACCUUCCAGCAGCUAUGGCGCUCCUGCCCCUUCCAGUUCCUAUGGAGCCCCAUCUCCUCCCUCGAGCUCUUACGGCGUUCCGGCCCAACCCGCCCCAGUCCCGUCUAGCUCCUACGGUGCGCCUUCAAGCUCUUACGGCGCCCCUGCCCCGUCAUCGACGUACGGCGCUCCUGGCGGCAGCAGCGGCAGCUUCGGUGGCAGCAGCGGCAGCUUCGGUGGCAGCAGUGGCAGCUUCGGUGGACAUGGAAGCAGUGGUGGAAGCGGUUUCGGCGGCAGCGGCUUCGGAGGUGGCAGCGGUUUUGGAAGUAGCGGACCUUCUUCAAGCUAUGGCGCGCCUUCAGCACCUUCGUCCAGCUAUGGUGCCCCCGCUCAGACCCCGUCUAGCAGCUAUGGAGCUCCUAGCUCAGGCGGAUUUUCUGGUGGACAUUCCAGCGGUGGUUUCUCAUCUAGCGGCUCAAGCGGCUUCUCAUCUAGCGGCAGCGGCUAUUCCUCAGGAGGUUCUGGUGGAUUCGGUGGUUCUUCUGGAGGACACAGCUCAGGAGGCUACAGCUCUGGAGGCUCUGGUGGAUUCGGUGGUUCUUCUGGAGGACACAGCUCAGGAGGCUCUGGUGGAUUUGGCGGUGGAUCUGGUGGUUACUCCUCAGGCCCCGCCAGCGUACCUGACACCAUCCAACAAAGCUACGACUCUAACGGCGGCUACUCUUAUUAGGCGGCGUGAAUGUGCAUCAGUCAGUGCUGUGUGUGACGCUAGGCAGUCAAGUGUUACCUGAUACUUUAAAGUAGCGGCAAAAUUGAGAUAAUUCGCUAGGGAUGUAGUUUGAGGACAGUCAGCAGAUAUAAGCGAUGAGGUAUUCAAAAUGCGCUCAUUUUCUUAGUAAAAAAUGUGCUCGGGUCAUUUUGAGCACCUCCAUCGUUUAACGACUUCUGCAAGUAUAUUGCCCGCGAACUAGGUCAACUUUGUCGACUGCUUUAGAAAAAAAAAAUAUGACAUUUAUUACCUAACUAAAUACCUGUAUAAAUAACUUAACACGACCAUAGAUAGCUAAUAAUUACAAGCAUUAAAAAUAAAAUAAUACACCGGAAAUAUUUCUAGCAGGAUGGCCAAAAUGUUUUUUAACUUCUUAUUCAUUUUGUAAAACGAGGGCAUUUGUUAAAAAAAAUCGGAGAUUUGUAUAUGUAUGUCAUUGUUUUAUAGGAUAAAUACAUGCAAUGUAAGUUUAAUGUCUUAGCCUAAAGUCCGACAUCAGAGAACUUCCACUCAAUUGAAAUUGUCUAUUUAAUUAACUUUUGUUUUUAGUCAAGAUUUCGAACUUUAGGUUCAGGCCCUUCCACCGUCGUUCCAUGGCCAUGUCGUGUCGUGUCGGCCAGUCUCGUUAUACUCAUUGUGUAUGUAUCGUAGCAACGAAAAGUAUUAAUUAUUUAAUUUUAAUAAGCAAUUGUACAAAAUUUAGUUUAAGUACAAAAUAUUUUGUAAAAAUAAAGUUUUGUAAAUAAAUA